AUGUCUACCACCGGCCGUCGAGGUUCCCACCGGACUACAUCCGCCCAGGGGCACCAUGAUGCCGGCUCUAGCGUUACCGAUAGCAGACGACGACAGAUCAAACGAGAUGAGGCAAUUCGACGAAAAAUGGAGCAGGAUUUGGGGAAGAAGAAGCAGCAGUCUAGCGCUAGGUCCCGGGGAAGUCGCAAAGCAACACCUGGCACUGUCAUGGCUCUCAAACCGGGCCAGGCAUUGCAAAUCAAACCUCAUGUCACAGUCGCCGAAGCUGCUCAGAUGAUGGCUGCUAAGCGCGAAGACUGUGUUCUCGUUACCGACGACGACGAUAGAAUUGCCGGUAUCUUCACCGCUAAAGAUCUUGCUUUCAGGGUCGUUGGCGGCGCAAUUGACGCCCGAGAUGUCGCCGUUGCUGAUAUUAUGACCAAAAACCCCCUAUGCGCUCGAACGGACACUUCAGCUACCGAUGCCUUGGACCUUAUGGUUAGGAAAGGAUUCAGGCACUUACCCGUCAUGGACGAAAAUCAGGAUAUCAGUGGUGUUUUGGAUAUCACAAAAUGCUUCUACGAGGCAAUGGAAAAGCUUGAGAGGUCCUAUUCGAUGUCUCGUAAACUUUACGAUGCAUUGGAGGGCGUCCAGGAGCUUGGUGGAGCUCAACCUACCCAAAUAAUUCAAUACGUUGAGGCUUUGCGGUCAAAAAUGGCGGGUCCAACUCUCGAGACCGUUCUCAGUGGCGUCCCACCUACCACCGUAAAUGUUAGAACAAGCGUCAGAGAAGCAGCUGCUCUAAUGAAAGAAAAUCACACCACAGCUGUCCUUGUCCAAGAUCAAGGAAAUAUUACUGGUAUUUUCACCAGCAAGGACGUUGUGCUCCGUGUCAUUGCUCCGGGACUUGACCCCGCAACUUGCAGUGUCGUUCGUGUCAUGACUCCCCAUCCAGAUUUCGCCUCUAUGGAUUUGAGCAUCCAAGCCGCUCUCCGAAAAAUGCACGAUGGCCACUACUUGAAUCUUCCUGUCAUGAACGAGGCUGGCGAGAUCGUCGGUAUGGUGGAUGUCCUAAAACUCACCUAUGCGACAUUGGAGCAAAUCAACACCAUGCAGACACCGGAUAACGAAGGUCCGGCCUGGAACAAAUUUUGGCUGUCAAUGGAUAACGACUCUGAAUCCGUGGUGUCUGAUAGUGUCUCCCACCACAUGUCGAUGAUGGGGUCUGAAUCGCCAAGCAUGCUGAGACAUCCACAAUAUGAGCGACCAGGAACCUCGCAUUCGCACUCCGUUCUACCUAACGAUUCUGCAUCCCACGCCGGGGACGAUUCUCCACCACAUUCGCAGGUCAUGCUCACACCCUCGCAAAUGCCAUCACUCUCAGAAAAUCCAUUUACAUUUAAAUUCAAGGCACCGUCUGGUCGGGUUCACAGAUUCGCUGUAAUUCCUUCAGCUGGAUUCGCUGGUUUAGUAGCCACUGUCAGUCAGAAACUAGGCGGCGAAGUUUCUCAAGUUGGUGGCCCAACCACUGUAACAGAAGAUGGCCAGCUUGAUAAACAGGGAUUCGCGAUAUCCUACCUUGAUGAUGAGAUGGACCCUGUUUCAAUUACCACAGAUCAUGAUCUCAGCCAUGCUAUUAGCCUAGCCCGCCGACAAGGCAAAGACAAGGUCGACAUCUAUGUGCACGAUGCAGACCACCCUCCAAAUAUCGAAAUUCCUCUACCCCCACCCCCACCUCCACCACCAGCUCCAGUUGAUACUGAGAAGCUAGAUGCCGCCGAGGAGGUUUUGAAACUUCAGAGACAAGCCGAACUUCUUAGUGAAAAACAACAUAUUCCCGGAGUACCUAACGAUCUGCUGCUUCCAGGAGCUGUUGCUACUCUCGCUGUUGCAAUUAUCAUCGUCUUCGUUUUUAGCAGGUCAGGUAGCCGCUGA